UAGCUGAACGGUGGCUUAAAGGUGAUUACGUGAACCAGCGUCACUGCAAGGCGCUAAGUUCGCCAUUAAAGUUGGAGCAGCAGCCGUUGCACGAGGCGGUAAGGAGCAUCGCAGCAUUUCCGUUCUUUUCACCCGAAGUUUCCCGCCUCUGUUAUGAGAUAGCUCUACCGUAGCCUUUUGUUCACUAGCUCUUCAGUUUGCAGUACGGUUAGCUCGCAUUGCGCUAACAUGUCUGGAGGAUUCGCCCGAGGACCUACGGGGAGCAACGACUGUCGGAUAUACGUGGGGAAUCUUCCCCCAGACAUCCGCUCCAAAGACGUCGAAGACUUGUUUUAUAAAUACGGAUCUGUCCGUGAUAUUGAUCUGAAGAACCGCAGAGGAGGACCACCGUUUGCCUUCGUUCAAUUCGAGGACCCGAGGGAUGCCGAGGAUGCUGUGUAUGGGAGAGAUGGUUAUGAUUAUGAUGGCUAUCGUCUGCGUGUGGAGUUUCCAAGAAGUGGAAGGGGAGGGGGAGGAGGAGGAGGAGGCGGCGGUGGCGGCGGUGGAGGCGGGGGCAUGGGACCAUCAAGGAAUCGCUAUGGUCCCCCAUCCCGGCGCUCAGAAAACAGAGUGGUUGUGUCAGGUCUUCCCCAAAGCGGGAGCUGGCAGGACCUAAAGGACCACAUGCGAGAGGCAGGUGAUGUAUGUUAUGCGGAUGUGUUCCGCGAUGGCACUGGAGUAGUGGAGUUUGUGCGCAAAGAAGAUAUGACUUACGCUGUGCGUAAAUUGGAUAACACCAAGUUUCGUUCUCAUGAGGGAGAGACUGCCUACAUCCGUGUGAAGAUGGAUGGCAAUCGCAGUCCCAGCUACGGCCGCUCUCGCAGCCGCAGCAGAAGCCGGAGCAAGAGCCGAUCCCGCAGCUACUCCCCGCGUCGCAGCAGAGGAUCCCCACACUACUCACCCCGGCGCUCCCGUUCCCGCUCUCGUUCUCGCACUUAGAUCUGCCUAAACUGAAGCAACGGUGUACCUCAGAGCCAGAGAGGAGGCGGUCACAUUUAAAAUCCAGUGUUUCCCCCCCAGGAUCGUAUCUCAUCUGUGUACAGUGUGUUGUGUGUUUCACCCACCUCUCCUUCUGCUAUUUUUAUUUUUUACUUUUUUGCAGACCCGAAGGUCUCCCCAUACUCCCCAGUUUGGCUCCCUCUUCCUUUCUCCCUUCAAUUUCAGCUAUCCAUCCUCCUCUCGUCCAUACAUUUUUUUUUUUUUUCUCACUGAAUGCUUUUUUUUUUUUUUUUUUUUCUGUUUGCCAU